CACACACGGACCCGCCCAAUUUCAUAAGUUUCAUUUUCUGUUUGGUCAGCGGACCGAUAAUCCACACGUGAACCAAAACCUCCCGAAUCCGUAGGGUAUAGACCACCUCUGGAUUUUAUUAACAAAGAGUUCAGAGUAUUCCCAUCUAGACCUCCGCUAAAAUGGCUGAAGAAAACCCUCCUCCUCUCACACAUUACCUGACUUGCAACGUGUGCACUGAGAUCUUCACGGACCCGGUGUCUCUGGGCUGUCACCACAGCUUCUGUUCCAGCUGUCUCCAGGACUUCUGGGGCCAAGCGGAGAACAAGAACUGUCCCGUCUGUAAGAGGAAAUCCUCAAAGGAUAUAGGCGUUAACUUUUCCAUCAAGGAGCUCGCUGACUCCUACGCUGGAAGACAGAGGUCUGGCCCCUCUGAUGAGGCCCAGGUGGUCUGCACUGAGCACUUAAAGGAUAUCAAGUGGUUCUGUAAGGACGAGCAGAGAGCUGUGUGUCAUGUGUGUGAGUUCCCUCACCACCAGGGUCACACAGUGGUUCCUCUAGAAGAAAAGGUCCAGGAGCUGAAGCAGCAGCUGAGACCAGACCUCACGGCCCUACAGGCCAGGAGGAGGAGAUACCAGGAGCUGGAGGAGACGUAUGAGGCCAUGGUUCCUCACCUCGAGGUACAGCGGGUGAAGACCGAGGGGCGGAUAAGAGCAGAGUUUGAACAGCUUCACCGGUUCCUGAGAGAGGAAGAGGAGGCCAGAUUGAAGGCCCUGAGAGAGGAAGAGGAGCAGAAGAGGAAGAGGAUCCUCCUGAAGAGGAAGACCCUUCAGGAGCAGAUCCGGUCUCUCUCAGAGGGUCUCUCGGCUGUAGAAGCAGACCUGCAGAAGGACGGCCUGUCGUUCCUCAGCGCUUCCACUCGCUCCCGGACCAGCGCCAGAGCCCUGCUCUCCGGUUCUGAUCCCCAGCUGCUUCCUGGAGCGCUGCUGGACGAGGCCAAACACCUGGGAAACCUGGCCCACAGAGUCUGGGAGAAGAUGGGGCAGAGGACCACCUUCAGCCCCGUUACUCUGGACCCAAACACUGCACACCGCUGGGUCUCUCUGUCUGAUGAUCUGACCAGCGUGAGACAGGGCGAUGUAACCCAGAAGGUUCCUAACAACCCAGAGAGGUUCAGUCAGUACGCUGAGGUUCUGGGCUCUGAGGGCUUCAGCUCAGGGGAACACUGCUGGGAGGUGGAGGUGGGAGACCUUCCUAUCUGGAGAAUAGGUGUUGCGAAAGAGUCAGUGGAGAGGAAAGGAGAGCGUACUCUUUCACCAGCUAAGGGAAUCUGGUGUUUAUCCUAUACCAGUGGAAAGUACACUCAGGGUACUUGUCAAACCCUGACAUUGAAGAGGACUCCAGAGAGGAUCAGAGUCCAGCUGGACUAUGAUGGAGGGAAGGUGUCCUUCUACGACCCUGAAGACAUGACUCUCAUCUACACCCAUCAACACACUUUCACUGACAACAUCUUCCCUUAUUUUAGUGUUGGAGCAGCAGGUAAAGCCCGGACCAAAGCUGUUAGAGUGUGUAGUGACUCCCCACGCACUAAACCAUGUAAAUGAAUGUAACCUUGUCAGUUCUGUUUGCCUGCUAGAGUCUCUAGUAUGUAGAAACACGGUAUCAUAUAUCUAUCUAUCUAUCUAUCUAUCUAUCUAUCUAUCUAUCUAUCUAUCUAUCUAUCUAUCUAUCUAUCUAUCUAUAUAUAUAUAUAUAUAAUGAUCGGGUAAUAUUCUAAUAGUAGAACAAAGAAACAAAUCGACAGGUAUAUUACAACAAAAUAAUAUGAGUCCACCUUGUGGUCAAUGUAUGGAAUGACACAUAGUCCACAGAGCAAGAAAACACUGCCUGCAGUUACACACACAUAUAUAUAUAUAUAUAUAUAUAUAUAUGUGGAUCAAUAUAUCUAGUUGUGUAUAUAUGAGUAUAGUAUCAUAGGCGGUAGAGGAUGGUCAGUGAAGGUCUCAGUGCAGCCUGUGGAUCAUUAACAGUGAGGGGUGUGGGUGUUUUCUUGUUAACUGGUAUAAAUGGAAUUGUACGUUUAAUGUUGAUAACAAGGGUCUGUAAUAGAACCACACACGUAGAGAAAUCAAUAAUAUUGUUGACACAAUAUUGUUAUGUUAACACCUACACAAGAAUCACAUGGGGAAAUAAUAAUCAUCUAUCAAACGGUUGGUUGUGUAAUUCUAUUACUCUUGGUUUUAGUCAAUGCUGUUCAUUCCUGUCGGUUUAUAAAUAUUCACGCAGGGUAUAGAAAGGUGUAAGGGUUUGAUUCCAGGGUUUAGGGUUUAGUAACAGAGGAAAUCAAUCAGAACAUAAUGAUGAAUUAAUUAUCAUGUUAUUAUGUUAUUAAUUAUUAUGAAUAGUGAUUAUUCAGAUCAAUGUGAUUCCAUUCCCGUUAACCAACUAAAAGUUAUUUCUUACAAUAAACAUGUGUCGGCCUGUUCUAUGAUUCAUG